AUGAAAGAUUUGGGUGCACUUAGCUACUUCCUUGGCUUGGAAAUUUCUCAAGAUUCCUCUAGUUAUUUUCUUACCCAGGCCAAGUAUACUUUUGAUCUCUUGGCUCGUGUUAGCCUUACCGAUUGCAAGACUGUCACUACUCCAGUUGAUCCUCAGACUCGUCUUACACCUCUUGAUGGCCCCCUAUUGUCAGAUGCCACUUUAUAUCGUCUGCUAGUUGGUAGUCUUGUCUAUCUCACAGUUACUCGUCCAGAUAUUGCUUAUGUUGUUCACAUUGUUAAUCAAUUUAUGACUGUUCCUCGCUCUACACACUAUGCUGCUAUGGUUCACAUUUUGCGCUAUCUCAAAGGAACUCUAUUUCAUGGUCUUCACUACUCCCCUCACUCUUCUCUACAGUUGCAUGCCUUUUCUGAUGCCGAUUGGGCAGGAGAUCCUACUGAUCGUCGUUCCAUUACUGGGUUCUGCUUCUUCUAG